AUGCUCCCUUCCCAAUCCAAUGUCAACAUCUCCUUCUUCCAGUCACAUGCUUUCCUCAUGAUUGGCAUCCCAGGACUGGAAGCUGUUCAUGGCUGGAUCUCCAUCCCCUUCUCCUCCAUGUACACUGUGGCCCUCACUGGAAACUGCCUGAUCCUCCUGGCUGUGAGGAGGACUCCCAGCCUGCACCAGCCCAUGUAUUACUUCCUGUCCAUGCUGGCCCUCACAGAUGUGGGCCUCACCAUGUGCACACUGCCCACCACUCUGGCUGUUCUCUGGUUUGACUAUCGGCUCAUUGGCUUCAAUGCCUGCCUGGCCCAAAUGUUCUUCCUCCAUGCCUUCUCUGUGGUGGAGUCCUCUGUGCUCCUGGCCAUGUCCUAUGAUCGUUUUGUGGCCAUCUCCAACCCCCUGCAUUAUGCAACUAUCCUCACAAACAAUGUCAUCAUCAAGAUUGGACUGGCCAUUGUGGCCCGUGCCACCCUAUCGCUCUUCCCAGUGCCAUUCCUGCUUAAACAUCUGAAUUUCUGCCCUAACAAAAUAGUCUUGUCCCAUUCCUUCUGUUUUCACCCUGAUGUGAUGAGAAGAGCCUGUGCUGACAUCACCAUAAAUAUUCUCUAUGGGUUAUAUGUCAUUUCCUCCACUGGAGGCAUAGACUCUCUGCACAUCAUCCUAUCCUAUAUUCUCAUUCUUCACACAGUCCUGGGUCUGGCCUCCCCCAGGGAGCGAGUUCGUGCCCUCAACACCUGUGUCUCCCACAUCCUGGCUGUCUUUGUUUUCUUUAUCCCGGUCAUUACGAUGUCCAUGAUUCACCCUUUUGGGAAGCACUUGCCUCCCAUUGUACAUGCUAUGGUUGCGUAUGUAUAUUUGGUGGUGACCCCUGUACUCAAUCCCAUCAUCUACAGUGUGAAAUAA